AUGUUGACCGGGAGGCGUACAUCCCGGAUAGCGACGGAGGAAGUGGAGCGAUUCAUCGUGGCUUCCUGUAACCGUCGCUACGUGGCAGACGAUCACUCCGCGGCGCGGGGCGCGUUCAGGCCCCGGCCGCGCACUCGGCACUGGCACGGUCAUCGGUCACUGCGGUCCAUCCAUGGCGGCGAGUCCGUCUGCCGCCGCGCGCUCAGAAGCGGCGCGCGCCAA